AUGGCGGCUCCAUCGGUUGUCUCCUAUACGGAGAAUCUCUUAAAAUACAUGCGGCUCGAUCAGAAGGGAUCGGCUAUGGCAGAGUACAUCUGGAUCGACUCAACAGGAGGUGUCCGGUCAAAAUCAAAGACAAUCACCAAGAUCCCAGAAUCCGGCCAAUUCACUCUCGAUGACCUUCCAGAAUGGAACUUCGAUGGCAGCUCAACUGGCCAAGCUCCCGGCGGCGACUCUGAUGUCUACCUCCGGCCCGUCGCCAUUUUCCCAGAUCCUUUCCGUGGCGCCCCUAAUGUCCUGGUUCUCACCGAGUGCUGGGAUCCUGAUGGAACCCCAAACAAGUACAACUACCGUGCGGAAUGCGCCAGGCUCAUGAAUGCCCACAAGGAGCAUGAGCCCUGGUUCGGUCUGGAGCAAGAAUACACCCUUCUCGACAUGUCGGAUAGACCCUAUGGCUGGCCCCAAAACGGUUUCCCCGGUCCCCAAGGCCCAUACUACUGCGGUGUCGGUGCUGGCAAGGUCUUCUGCAGAGAUAUUGUCGAGGCACACUACAAGGCGUGCUUGAACGCUGGCAUCAAAAUUUCCGGUACCAAUGCCGAGGUCAUGCCGGCGCAAUGGGAAUUCCAAGUUGGUCCAUGUGAUGGCAUUGAGAUGGGUGACCACCUCUGGGUCGCUCGUUUCCUGCUCCACCGCAUCGCCGAAGAAUUCGGUGCCAAGAUCUCAUUCCACCCCAAGCCAAUUCCGGGCGAGUGGAACGGUGCCGGUCUUCACAGCAACUUCUCCAGCAAGGAGAUGCGCACCGAAGGAGGCAUGAAGCACAUUGAGGCUGCCAUUAAGAAGCUCGAGGGUCGCCACAAGGAGCAUAUUGCUGUCUAUGGUGAAGACAACACGAUGCGUCUGACUGGCAGACAUGAGACUGGCAGGAUAGAUACUUUCACAUAUGGCAUUGCCAACCGUGGUGCAUCCAUUCGGAUUCCAAGGGAAUGUGGUGCCAAGGGUUACGGUUACUUCGAGGAUAGACGACCAGCUUCAAAUGCUGACCCAUAUCAAAUCACGGGUAUAAUGAUGGAGACGAUUUAUGGUGGGCUUUAUGGUUCUGAAUUAAAGAAAUAG